CAGACCAAUCACAGUUCGUGUUUCAGGCUCGAAGGUAUCAGGUUACAAAGACAACUUUCGGCGGUCGCAGUGGCCGCUGAUUUCCAGCUGGGUUUUGUCGCCCAAACCUGCCAGAUCUCGAACGAUUCCGUCGCCUUUACCCACCCCAUUCUACAGAGAAAACCCUGGUUUUAGGCAACAAACUCAGCAGUUCUGGUGCUGAUCGCUGGUGAGGGGAAGCGGAGCUGCCGUCAUCAACAUAAUUGAAAGUGUGUCUGCCGACUCAGAAAUGUGGACUCACCGCUACAGCUAGGAAGGUUUGCUGGGUGGGACAGACAGCAGUGAAGAGGGGUUGUGAUGGCGGCCCUGAGUACGAUGGACAGGCACAUUCAGCAGACCAAUGACAGGCUGCAGUGCAUAAAACAGCAACUUUCGACGCCGCAGGGUUUUCAGAAUGCAGCGCGAGAGCUGCUGGAAUGGUGUGCCGACCCACGUGCAUUCCAGAGACCCUUCGAACAGAGCCUGAUUGGCUGUUUGACGGUGGUCAGUAGAGUAGCAGCGCAGCAGGGGUAUGACCUGGACCUGGGUUACAGACUGCUGGCGGUAUGUGCGGCGCAUCGCGACAAAUUCUCGCCAAAAUCGGCAGCUAUGCUCUCUCUCUGGUGUGAGGACCUGGGAAGACUCUUACUGUUGAGACAUCAGAAGAAUCGUAACUCAGACGCCGCCAAAACAGUUUCCAUGCACCAACAGAUGCAAAAGAACCUCCCUCCAGUGCCACAAGGUGAUUCCACAGUAGCAUGGCAGCAAGGUAGCCAGCAACAGCAGUCCCUGUCUGUUGUCACUACUGUGUGGGGUGUCACCAGCACUUCCAACAGCCAGGCUCUCAACAACAACUCCCUGACCCCUGCUGGAACCAACGUCACAACGAGUAUGAAUCCGAACACGCACUUUGCGCAGCAGCAGCCCUUCACGGCAGCCGCGGCGAACGCAAACAAGCAGUACAACCCGCAGAAUAUGGGUCAGUACCGACGGGACGGUAUGGGAUACCCCAACAUGCCGUCAAACAGGCCUCCGCAUCCAAACAGAGCAUCCCAAAGAAUCCAAACUCCACCUGAAGGAGCCAAACAGUCCCCCACUAUUCUUUCCCACAGUGGUUAUCCCCCCACGCCCAACACGCCGGGGCAGGGGGUCGGGCAGCCAGGUGACUUCACGCCGCCAGCAGCUGCAGCCGCCGCCGCAGCAGUCGCAGCCGCUGCCGCCACGGCAACAGCCACCGCCACGGCAACGGUGCAGGCUCUGCAUGAGAAACAGCAGCUGAACGAGUAUGGGCAGCAGCAAGGGGGGUCUCCAUUAUACUCUGUUUUUCAGGGGCAAGGUCCUCCACAAUACAACAACCAGUACCCUCCCCAGCAGAGGCCCAACAUGCCUCCCAACAUGCCGCCCAACCUGCCGCCCAACAAGCAGCAACAGAUGAACGUUAACAUGAACAUGUACAACAACCCACAGAGACAACAACAGUACCGGCAUUAUGUAGCGCAGCAGCAGGCCCGCAUGAGGCAGGGGUAUCCACAACAGGGCUUUCCCAUGGGUCCAGAGGACGGGCCACUCAAGAUUCCAAGCGAAAACAUUCCCACAAAACAGCCCGCCCUCUCGGUCAAACAGGAAAUGACCGAUAGCAGAAUGAAGGAGAAAACUAUUAUGGAAUCAGAUGCAUCCCAACCAGAUGCAUCCCAACCAGUUCCCAAACCAGCAACAGAACUUCAACGGGCCUCCCCAGAGGAGUAUGAGCAGCUACCAGCAUUCACCCAUCCCCAGCAACCCCACCCCACCAAUGACUCCAGGCAGCAUGCCCCCAGUCCCAUCCCCGUAUCCGCCAGACAUGAAACCUGGCUUCGACGGACCGCCUGACAUCAAACCAAACAUACCCAAUCCCAACGAUGAACUUCGUCUGACAUUCCCGGUGCGUGAUGGUGUGGUGCUGCCGCCGUUCCGGUUGGAGCACAACCUGGCUGUCAGCAACCAUGUCUUCCACCUGCGCCAGUCUGUGCACCAAACUCUCAUGUGGAGAUCUGACCUGGAACUGCAGUUCAAGUGCUACCACCACGAGGACAGACAAAUGAACACCAACUGGCCAGCGUCUGUUCAGGUCAGCGUGAACGCCACGCCGCUGACGAUCGAGAGAGGAGAGAACAAGACGUCACAUAAACCUCUGUACCUGAAGGAAGUAUGUCAGCCGGGCAGAAACACCAUUCAGAUCACAGUCACCGCCUGCUGUUGUUCGCACCUGUUUGUGCUCCAACUGGUGCACAGACCGAGCGUCAGGUCCGUCCUGCAGGGCCUGCUCAGGAAAAGGUUACUCCCGGCAGAACACUGCAUCACGAAAAUUAAGCGCAACUUCUCCAGCGUGGCGGCGUCCAGCGGGGGCACGAUGAACGGCGAGGACGGCGUGGAACAGACGGCCAUCAAGGUGUCGCUCAAGUGUCCCAUCACCUUCAGGAGGAUACAGCUCCCGGCCAGGGGACACGACUGUAAACAUAUCCAGUGCUUCGACCUGGAGUCGUACCUGCAGCUCAACUGUGAGAGAGGCCAGUGGAGAUGUCCUGUCUGCAACAAAACAGCCUUGUUAGAGGGCUUGGAGAUCGACCAGUUUAUGUGGGGUAUUCUGACUGCAGUGCAGAGUUCACAAGAGAUAGAAGAGGUGACGAUAGAUGCCAAUGCAAGCUGGAAACCAAUCCCACCCAAACCUGGUCCGGACAUCAAGCAGGAAGACGAUGAAGCAGCGUCGUGUCAACCGCCCACGAAGAGAUUCAAAGCCAUGUCGCCAGGCAGCAUGCAGAUGCCCACCAUGCACGACUUCAACAUGGGGCCCAGCCCCUACCCCCCCUCUCUGCCUCCCCCUCCCCCGGGGCAAGGCUACAAUGGUCAAGGUGGGCUAGUGGACUUACUCAGCCACUCUACAAAGAGAUGCCAAGGCCCAAAUCCACCGUACACACCAAACAGUGGUGGUUACGACUACAACCAGGGGGGUCCCGGUCCAGGACCAGGGGUGGGGGGACACCAGGGUCCUCCUGUCAGCAUGCCCGGUGACUUCAACCCCAGCAACGGACCUCCCCUCUCUCACAUGAACGACAACAUCGCAUCAAACGACCUCCUUCCAGUAGAAAAACAUCUCAAUCACGCAUCACCACAGGAGCAGGUGCAAUUGAAUGUUCACGUCGACGUGAAAGUUGACGAUGGAAAAGACGGACCCGCAAUGAACCAGCCCAACGGUGGUCCCGGAGGCCCGCCACUGAACCAUCCCCACCCACCCCAGCUUCCGCCCAGCAGCCAAUCACAGCAGCUGAUGCAUCAUGGUGUGGGAAACAACAACCCCUCAAAUAGGCCAGGAGGAGAGGGGAUGAACGAUGAGUUGAACUUCGACCCCCAGGCAGUGAUUGACGGUGGAGGGGAGGGUCAAGAAGGUCUUGAUCUUCUACCAGAGAACAUCGGCGACCCCACAGAACUGUUGUCAUACCUCGGACCACCAGACCUUCCUGGCAAUAACAACAAUGACGAUCUCCUCUCCCUUUUUGACUCAUAAUCUUCGCUGUUGAAGAGAAGAGACUUGGAACUUUGCUGUAUAUAGCUCACCGUGUGGAAAUGUAGAAUAGUUCCUCCGGAAAGCCAUUUUUUGUACGUGCCUGUGAACAGAGGCCCCUGCCUGUCAAGGCGACGACCACAAGACAGGACUGUUGUUUUCGGGAACAGUGAAACUGCAAACAAGGGGAGGAAAAACAGUGAGAUUCCUUGUGAAAAAAAAGACGUGCCCCAUGUUACCAUUCUGGUUACCACGUGAAAUGAAAGCCUGCUUAGCAGAGACUGAACCCAUCCAUGCACCACCUGAAUACGAUGCCCUAACCAUGGCAGCUAGCAGACUGUCCACUGUCAAGCAGCAGCACACGGAAAGACGUCGAGCUUACUAGAAAAUGUUCUUCUAGUAGAAAUAAUGAGAUGAUGUGGUAUAAACCCUUAUGAAAGGGAAGAUCCUUCCACCCGUGUUACUCAACGCUGCUUACACUUUCUUGAGUGCUUUUUUUAUGCACUUAAAAAGGUUUUGAUGCAGUAAAAUUACACCGUAUCUCUGGAAAGAUAGUAAGUUUGGUACAGGAACUGUUGUUUCAGUUCUUCAAGAACGUGAGGUUGUAGACUUUGUAUUGAAGAUAAGGCUCAGGUUUAAAGAGAAAGUAUUUUAUGGUUCACCUUUGUAAAGCCCAGUGUUCUGAGGUUGACCACCUGGCUCAUGUAUGGAAGCUAUGCAUGUCUGCUGGAUCGAGGGGCGGGUACAGGGUGCGUGUGGGUUUGCGUGGUGCCAAAAAAUUGCCUCCUUUCUUACCUGCCACAAUGGCUGGCCAAACAGACUCAUUCCAGCCUGCAACACAACAAGGAGACAAGACUUUUAUUAUUAUGUGUAGGAAAAACUGGAACUAGCCCUGCAUAUUUAUAUGUAUAUGCUGUAAAUACGAAGGCAAUUUUCGUACAGACGUACAAACCGUACCUUGUGGAAGUUUGUGUCCGACCAUCCAAAAGUUUCAUAUAUUUUGUAUGGACCGUGUAGCGUGUUUCUAUAAACCUCCCUGUACAGUCGAGUUAACUGUAGGAAUGUACCUAUCUCUAUGUGAAAUUGCCAAGAUGCAUCACAGCCAAACAUGUUCCUAUGUUUUUUUGUCAGAUUUUCUCAGUUUUUGGACAUGUAAAGCAACCUCCAGCUUUGUAAUCUCUGUGUGCAAAACCCUACAGCUAUUGAUGUGGGGGAUUGUAAUGUACUGUCAUGUAUGUUGUCCUGUUACUAUGGAGUUCCACUAUAGGCCAAUCCAAAGAAAAGAUUAAGAAAAGGUUGUAAUACUAUGUAUUGUUGGCAUUUUAUGCUUAGCGAUCUACAUUUGGUCACAUUUGUGGUCGCAAGUCAGUCCCCACCCCAGAUUUGAAUGCUGUACAGUCGCUAGAUACUAUCAUGUUUUACGCCUUAGCUCUGUUAGAUCUCUGUGACUUGUGAACAAUGUUCAUUUAUACUGUUAUUAAUGAUAUGGCAAAAUGUACUUUCUUUUGCCCUCUUUUGUAUAAAAAUGGAAAAUUGCUUUUUUUAGAUAGAGUUGCACAACCGACCAGUUGUGUUUGAAGACCCAGAAGAUACUGUCUGAUUGAUGAUUUAAUAAUCUGCUUCAGAGCUUUUGACCUAGGUCGCAAUUAACACUGGCAAGCAUAUAAUUCUUAUAUGGCUUAAUUUAUAUGUCAUACCGAUAGAGUAACAAAGACACCAUGCUGCCCUAUUUUGUACAUACUGUAUGCCUUUAUUCCCCCUGCAUGGACAGUAGCCUUAUUCUCUGUGCUUUCGUUUGUGUACCACAACUGAAAACUACUUCUCCAGAUUUUGCAUUUCAGCUCAGAGUGUGUACAGCAUAGCACAACUGGCAGCCUGGCUAGCAGAAUUGUUCUUGUAAUGCCCUCAACUUGCUUUCUUGCAUUAUUUUUGUCAUUCUCUGCAUAUCUAUGCUUACCAACAGAUGGAGCAUGUACUCUAACAAUUUCUCACCACCACCCACAACAAAUGAAAGUGAAGUAUUGGCUGGUGCAUUUUGACUUAUCCAGCAGAUUCUCUGGUAAAUGUUUCUUUUCCCUCUGUGCCUUUUUAACAAAAAAACAGAAAAGCAAUUUUGUCACUGCUUUGAAAAGUAAACAUACAUGCAUUUUAGUGAAAACUCGCACAGAUUUUUGCAACAUUUGUGAGGUAAGACUGGGUCUUGUUGAGAGUAACUUUUUUUUUCAUUUUGUACUUAUUGACAAAGAGCGACCAUUCUGAACAGCCAGUAGAGUUACCUUGUUCCAAGAUUGGAGAAGCAAACCCAUUUGUGCAUUGCAGCAGUGCAUGAUAUGGGUAUCAAUGCAAUAAAUGAAAACGUAGUUAUCAUCUAUUCAGAGUUUAAAACAGAAAGAUGAAAAUGUAUGCAAUACUGUGUAUUAGGCAUCCAAUCAUGUAAGUGUGAGUCAUUCAUUCCAAAUGGUUUAAAGACCAAAGUAUAUCUAUUUCUGCCUUUUCAAUGGUCUUUUGAAAGAUGCUGGCUGCCAAAGGAACUCUUGUUUUGAAUGGUCUCUGCUUUGAGUGUAGUUAUAGCUGUUGGCUCUUCUGAUGAAGCCAAACAUUGGGUGUUAUUUAGAUAGUGUGGACAGUACCACACUACAUGGUCAGACUUCUCACGAGAGGCCAGCUAACCAAGCACUGUUUUCAAAUGAGUUAGAAAAAGAUGGGUGUUUAGUGGUCUUUGGGACCCAUCCUCCAAACAUUUCAUAAGGCCAGUCAGCCCUCCUGGGUCCAUACAGAAAUCUGUGAUUCUGUAAAGUAUUAUGAGAAAGUGAAAACACGUGAUUUGUUUGCUGGUCUCUCCAGGGAUGGGAUGUAGUAUUAUUUAAAUCUGCUGAAGAAACUUUGGGAACAGGCUCAUGAUAUGAUAAGGGUAAAGGGUACCAGUUUGUUUCCUACUUACAGUCCUCUCCCAGCUAGAAGGCAUGAAGGAUGAAAAUAAAAAAAGCAGUGAAUUCUACAAUAUUUGUUACAUUUUCUGCAGUAGUCCGCAAGCUGACGAGAGCUUUUACUCCAAACAGGGUUUCAUAAAAUCUCAUGUACUUUACUUGCCUCACCACUUGAUAUGUAAUGAUUGCCCCGCCCCCCCCCCUAUCAUUGACAUUGCCUGUUCCCUGGGUGACUGGACUUGUCAGCUGAACUUGGGGGAUUUGGUUAGUGGAUAGAAAGAGAAAAAAACUUCUUGGAUCUUUCCAAAACCUGGAAAUGCAAACAUACCUCAGACUUUACCUAUAUCAAACAAUUAAACAGCAGUGUACUGGCCCAACCCCAACAUACAAGUCCAGUUCUGUUCUUGUCUACUUGAUUUUCCAUUGAUCAGUGCAACCUGCCAGCUGUCCAUGUUUUCAGCCAUGCACCAAUGUACCUAGGUAGCCCUUGUGGUUGAUAUUUAUGUAAUAAAAACCUUGUACCAAAGA